AUCUGUUCCAAAAUUGUAAAAGUCAAUGAAUCAAAAUUGAUUCAUGUCCAUCAAAAAAAAAAAAGGACAAUCUGUCCAACAUUUAUCCCCGAUAGGGAUUUCGAAAGGAACCCUAAGCCCCGCUCUCCCAAAAAAAAACCCAGGACACUGAUUACACUAAUUAAUCCAAAGAACGUCUUUGUAGAGUCGCUAAUACUGCAUGGCGCUACUUGAUCCUCCCGAACAAGACUGCGUUGUUUCUGAUUCCCUUUAUAAUUACGUCCCAGGUCUCUGUCUGUCCUUGUCCAGUCAUAGCUGUUAUAUUUCGCCGUCCUUGUUCCGGCGAACCGAUACCGGGGACCGUGUCUUCAGUCGGUCGUUGUCGUUCGCGUGCAACGCAUUCAGCGCUUUUCAGCGGCGGGCCCGAUUUCAGUCUCAGUCGAACCGCUGAAACCGUGUGAGCCUUAAAGCUCCUAGGAGAGAAAAAAAAAAAAAACGCGUGGUGUACUGCGGCACAUUUUCUUUGUGGGAUUUUUUGCUUGGUGGAUUUUGUGUGAAUUUUGUAGAUUCAGGAAUUUAUUUUUGUGUUGUGCUUUAUUGAAGGAUUAUUAUUAUUUUCAUGAGUGCGUAUGCCAAGAUUAUUUGGUUUUGACUUUUGAUGCAAUUAAGAAAAAACUCAGUCUUCGAUGGCAAACAAUAAACUGACCAUCAGACAUUCAUAGCAACUGAAGAACAACUGAUAAAACACCACUCAUACAAUGAUGUCCACCUAUAAAUUCUUCAUCCUCCUGCUCCGGAUAGGUUUGUUCCUGGUCGAAGCAUCAGAACAAAAAUUCGCAAUGGAACCUCAAGAUCAAACAGCCGUUGUUGGUUCCAGAGUAACUUUGCCUUGCAGAGUGAUAGGAAAAAUGGGCACCCUGCAAUGGACUAAAGACGAUUUCGGUUUGGGCACCCACAGAAAUUUGAGCGGUUUCGAACGUUAUUCGAUGAUCGGUAGCGACGAAGAAGGUGACUUUUCCCUGGACAUUUAUCCAGUAAUGCUGGACGACGACGCAAAAUACCAGUGCCAAGUAUCGCCGGGUCCCCAAGGCCAACCCGGCAUCCGGAGUCAUUUUGCCGCCUUGACAGUCCUCGUACCACCGGAUCCGCCCAAAAUAGUCCAGGGCGACUACAUGGUGACCACUGAAGACCGGGAAAUCGAGCUGGAGUGUAUCAGUUAUGGCGGUAAACCCGCCGCUGAGAUCACUUGGAUUGACGGACACGGUAACGUUCUUACGGACGGUAGCGAAUACAUCAUAGACGAACUUCCAGAUCACAGAAGAUACACAGCGAAAUCGAUAUUGAAGCUGACGCCGAGGAAAUUGCAUCACAAUACCACGUUCACGUGUCAGGCUCAGAAUACUGCCGAGAGGACUCACAGGAGUGCAAAAUUGAAAUUAGAGGUAAAAUACGCACCAAAAGUAACAGUGACAGUCCUGUCUGGAACCACCUCGAACGGCCGCAUUCCAGAAGGUUCCGAGGUGCGACUCGGAUGCAAAGCUGAUGCGAACCCGCAAGAUGUUUCGUACAAGUGGUUCCUCAACGACGAACCAAUCAUUGGCGAUUUUACCACCGAACUAAUUUUACGCAACAUUUCCCGAAAACAUCACGACGCCAUCGUUAAAUGCGAAGUCAUCAAUGCCGUAGGCAAAAGCGAAGAGAGCCAAACCUUGGAUAUAAGUUACGGGCCGAAAUUUCGCACCAAACCACGAUCGGUUCAAGCCGAAAUUGGUUCCAAUGUGAUAUUGACUUGCGACGUUGACGGCAAUCCGUUCCCGGACAUCACGUGGUUCCACGAAGACAAAAAAGUCAGUACCAGUCCGAAUUUGACUUUGCGAGUGGAUCAAGCCAACGCCGGCCGGUACUAUUGUAAAGCUCAUGUUUCAGGGUUCCAAGACAUUGGAGCAGAAGCUGCCAUUUAUCUUAAAGGUCCUCCAUCAAUAGUUUCUCACAGAACUCAGUUCGGAAUAGAAGGCGACAACGUCCGAGUGGAAUGCAUAGCGUUUUCAAUUCCGGCACCGGAACGAGUGGUGUGGACGUUCAACGGUAAAGAAGUGGACCUGCAUGAUCAAGACUACUCAAUCCUAGAAGACCCAUUGCCUGAAGGUAUAAAAUCCACAUUGAUCAUUCGUGAAUCAGAAGAACGACAUUUUGGAAUGUACAACUGCAGCGUGAGCAACCCUUACGGCAACGACGUAGUGGAAAUCAGCUUGAUGCCGCAAAAAAGCUUUCCAAUGCUGAUAGUCGUUGUAGGCGUCAUCGGAGCCAUCAUAGUACUAAUAAUCAUUAUAAUGAUAAUUGUACUGUGCCAGAGGCAGAACAGCAAAAAACCACCAUCGGAAAAUGCCCACACAAUCGAAAAACAAUGCAAAGAAUCAGAUAGAAGCUCAAAUAUUUCCGAUUUGAAGCUGGAUCUUAGAACUGGAUCGUCAAAUUCCAACAUGCACUGCGACAUGGAUUACAUUCCAGGAGCUGAAUCUGAAACUGGAAGCGAAUCUGUUAUUACUAGAAUUGGAGUACCUUUAGCGGGGCCUGUUAGUGUAACUGGUCAAGAUGUUUACAGAUAUUCGGCCGAUUAUACUGAACCUAAUUUCCCACCCAAGGAUGGUCAAAACAACAACGGCUACGUUCCUUAUGUUGACUACUCAAGAGACUAUAAUCCUCCAAUGAUGCAACCUCCAAUUUCAACCUCGUUGGGCGGUGAGAGCCUCCAAUCGACCCGCUUGCAACUAAAUUCCCUCCAAAAUCACCAUCAGCUCCUAGUAGGAGGUGGCAAUAACGCCUUGCCUCUAAACGACCUAUCAGAUUUACAUCUACAAUCCAACGGGAUUGAUCCAAGGUUCAGCGCAACCUACGGGAACCCGUACCUGAGGAACCCGAGCGUCGGGUUACCAACGCCAAAUACGGCCAAUCCGGUGGCGACUCCGGCGCCGCCGCCGUACAGCCGGGAAAAUUCCCGGUUGGCUUUGUCGCAAAGCGGGAUGAUAACGGCUAGUGCAAGUCCGGUGAACACUUUAGUGUCGAACGGUUCGAAUGGCAGUGUGCCGCAAGUGACGAGACUGCCUAGUUCGCCUACGAGUCAGUAUAUCGUGCCCAGUUCGACGAUAAAGCGUGGUACUUUGGCGACGCAUGUGUAAUAUUUGGUGUAGAUUUGUGACAGAGAGGUUGAUUGUUUGAUGAUUGUUGGUAUUAGAUUUUGAUUGAAUAACUAUAGGGAUGAGACUAAGCAUUUUACUUUUUUUGAAAAGGUUCAAUAACUUUCACUUCUUAAGCCAGGUUGACACAGUCCAAGUUAGUUGACAGUCAAGUUGGGUUUGUUAGAACUUAAGAAUAGGUAAAGGUAAAGAGGAGUAGUAAAAUGGAAUUGGAAAAUGAAGCCGUUUUUUUUCAAGUAUUUUGGCACCAAAAAAAUGGCGGUAUAGGCAAUUCAAUGCUUUACCUGUAUUUUGGUGCCAAAAACUUAGUUUCAUAAGCAGAAUGGCGUAUUCCUACUCCUUAUGUCCGUAGGACAGCGCUUUACCUGCUCUAAAGUUAGGACAGUUGCACCAGGUUGACAUAAGGAGAACGACUAUCUUGGUAACAGCAGCCACUCCUCCACUUAUUGAUCCUAAAGUACUAAGACCAGCAUUUUUUGAUUUUGAGAAAGUAAACUUGAAAAAAUCAAUUUUAACUCAACGUUUAUAUAUAAAAAUCUCAUCAAGUCUUUAUUUACAAGAUUCCAAUGUGAUAUUGACUUGCGACAUCAAUGGUAAUUUGUUUCCGGACAUCACAUCACAUGGUUUCAAAUACAGAAAUCUCUUAAAAAUAUCCAAUAGAUCAUACAGUUUGCUGGUAGGAAAUACAAUUUUCUACAUUUCAAUACAGAAAUUUCCUUGUUGGUAACGCAAUCAAAUCUCCAAUAGAUCAUAGAGUUUACUAGUAGGUAAUACACUUUUUCACGUUUCAAAUACAGAAAUUUUCUUCAAAUUUCCAAAAGUUUGUUGGUAACGUAAUUUUCUUUGUUUCAAAUACAAAAAUCUCCUUUAGAAAAUUUCCAAAAGUGGGUGAUAUUUGGUAUAAAUUUUGACAAUGGGUUGAUGUUUGAUAAUUAUUGGUGUUAGAUUUUGAUUGAUAACUAGGGAUGAUAACUUGAAUUGGUCUGUUUACAUCCACUUUCUUUAAAACCUUCAGUAACUUUGACUUCUUAAGCUAAGUUCAUACGGUCCAAAUAAGUUGACUGCCAGCCUAACUACUUGGAUUUAGGACUUAUCCAACUGAACUUGGAUAAACAGUUGUUCAGCGUCCAAAGAUAGUUAAUCCAAAUACAGUUGGAUCAGGUUGACAUAGUCCAAAUACAUUUGGAUAAGGACAAUGUCUGUCUUGGUAACAACGGCCACUCCUCCACUUAGUGUCCCUAAAGCACAUAGACCAACAAUUUUUGAUCUUAUUCAAGAUUCUUCAGGUUAUUAUUUUUCACUGGAAAAUUUUGAAAUUUUGGGAAAAUAUAGAAGCUUAUUUUCCCAAAAUUCCUCUUUACAUACAAAAAAUUUCAAAAUUUUCCCUUUAGGUACUGGUUUUCCAGAACCACUUUAAAAUCUGUAAGACUGUAUAUUUUCAAUUAAUUCAGUUAGGUACUGUAGGUUGAUUUCCAAGAUUCUUCAUAUUGUUAUUUUCCACUGGAAAAAUUUGAAAUUUUGGGAAAAUGAGUCCUUUUUACAUGCAAAAAGUAUCAAAAUUUUCCCUUUACCAGUUUUCCAGAAACACUUUGAAAUGUAUGAGAUUAUAUUUUCAAUUAAUUCAGUCUUUGGAGUUUUGAACUAUGAUUAAAAUAUUCCGACCUGAAAACUAGUGAAUCUUUUAAUUAAAAUGAGUGAAAAUUCUAAAUUGAACUAAUAAGUAAAAUUCAUGAGUGAAUUGCUGCGAGUUCCGCAGAGGUUCGUGACUAAUUUACUCGUUGAAAAUGAAAAUUCUGAACUAAUAAUGAAUUAAACUUUGAACUGAUGAGUAAAAAGUACAUUUUAUAUGAGUAAACUGAGUUCUACUCAUUCUUGAACCACAAUUACAUAAUUCAUUAAUGAAAAAUGAGUUUUUGAGUUACAAAAUCCCACUGAAAUCCCAUAUGUUUGUACGUCACGAAUUUGGAUAAAAAGUUAAUGAUGCAAAUACCUAUCGUACUUGAUCCAAGUACACUUGGACCGUGCUCACCUGGCUUACAGUGUAUUUUCUUUUUACACCAAUAGAAAAGAUUCUUUAUCAGGCAACUAAUACAGCUUUCUUUUUUACUUAUCUUUCCUAAAUUUCUACAGCCAGAAAUAUCAAACUUAUACUUUGAUGGUUAAAAGCUGUCUGUACAGAUUUCUUCUCAAAUGUUGUAACUGUAUCGAAAACUGUAUUGGUAGCUCCUCCACUUAAUGCUCCUAAAGCACUCAGACCAGCACUUUUUGAUUUUGAAAAAGUUCUCUUUUCCAAAAUUCUACAUCCAGAAACUUCUACUUCUCAAAAGCUGUAUCUGUAUCAGCCCUGUAUAAAACUACCUACUACAGAACUGUACGACAAUAUUCCCUUAUAUUCUUCAAAUCAAAAACUAAUACCAACAUCAUUCAUACAGGGUGUAACAUACUGCAAAAAGUGAUUAUAUCAUUGUAGCGACAAAAAAAAAUUAUCGAAAGACUGAAUAUAUAAACUAAAACCGCAAAUAGAAAAAUUACUUUUCCGUUAAUUAAACAAAAUUGUUGCCCGAAUUAAUUAAACGGCUGGACGUUUGUCAAUUAUCUUUGGGCCUAAAAAUCUGUGCCAUAAACUUUUGGUGUCCAGCCCUAUAUAUAAAACUUGGCCUAUAUAUUUUUCAAUGUAAAUAUUAUGUAGAAAUUACAUAUCAGUGAAAAGUUGGGGGCUUUUUUUACUUAUAUACCCCUCAGCAAAAAUAUCAAUCGUCAAUAACUUUUUUACAAAAAUCUAUGUAGGAGUUUUUUAUUGUAUUUUUUUUAAAUAAAACCGCCAUAGAGCUUCCAUUUAAUAGUCAAUUUUCAUUAUAUUGUUUUUCCUUAGAAAGCCUUUGAAAUUUUGAAACAUUGUUGCAAAAUCGUACACAAUGUCUUCAAUUUGCAAUAAGGGCUUUCAAAAUGUAGGUGAGUUCCAUCAUUUUCGCAAAAUAUCAUACAUAUGGAACAAACCCCUCAACAAUCAUUUUUGCUAUAAGCAAAAAAAAAAAUCAACUAUUUUUUAAAAAAAUUGUUAAUUAAAAUUAAUGUUCUUGUUAAUGAUAAAUAAAAUUAUUUAUAUUAUACCAAAGAUAUUUUUUGUAUAUUUAAGGGCCUGGUUUAUUCACCUUCUGAUAAACUGUCAGGUAGAAAAAAUCUCAUUAAUUAUUGCAGAUAGUUAUCAGAAGAUGAAUAAUUAAACUGGGCCUAAAAAUUGUUAAUUUUUUCGAUGUCAACGAUUAUUGGAAAGUUUCAAAUAUUGGCCUAUAGUUAUUAUUAUUUUUAUUGUACUUAUUACUCUUUUUUCACCUCAUAUUUGCUCACUAUUUUGUAUAUUAUUAUUAUUAUUAUUGUAUUUGUAUAUUUUUUGUGUAUUUAGUGUAUAUUUUUUAACCAUUUGCCUGCCAUAUAGAUAUGUUAUAACAUACAAAACAAUUAUUUUUGUAUUGUUUUAAGAGCCAUAUUAUGGACUGACUGGUGAGUUUACCUGUAAUUUUUAGGUUUAUCAGCAGCAGGAUAAAUUUGUCAAUAACGUCACCAGUCGGUCCAUAAUUUGGCCCUAAGUCCUAUAGUUUUGACUUACUAAAAUAUAAAUAAAUUGAUUAAUUGGUAGACAAUUUUUUAGCUCAAAUUUUAAAUGAAAUUUUGUACAUAUUGAACAUAUCUUGCAAAAGUUUUUCUAAUCUAGAAUACUCUGUUACUAUAUUGUGUAUAAGAAUUUUUUUAAAUCUUGAAAAAUAGCAAUAUUUAAUAAAAGAAAAAAAAAUACAACCUUUGUGAUUGUAAAAUAAAGAGCCUACUUC